AGAGACGAGAGAGAGAGAGAGAGAGAGAGUGGGAGACCAAAUCCAAGAGGCACCAGGAGACAGAAACAGCAAGACAAAGAGCAAGAGACAGAACCAACAGUUUGAAUGAUUUUGAGUGUCACUUAAGGGCCUACAGUGAAGAAAUCAAUAGGACCCUGUCACUGAGUAAUGGAACUUGACUGACAGGACAGCAAAUUAGUCCACCUGUUUGGCACUGAGGGCUAUUGUUGAAAGAUAAAUCUCCUGGAUAUGACUUGUUGAGGACGUUACUCCGCUUUGAACUUCUGAUUCACUGGACGACUUGGCAUUUGAAGACAAGCAAGGAAAGCAAGGAAAAAUCAAGAUUUUGGAGGACAUACACUACAGCUCAGAGUAAGACCAGGAUUAAAUUUCUCUCUAAAGCCAUUUUAAAGCCACAGUAAAAGGAGUGAUCCCAGUGUUGUAUGAUUUACCGAGAGUAGUCUCUGUAUUCAUAGUUUACAGACUUGUGCAGACAAGUAGAGACAUCGCUUUAAAAACAAAUAUCAAAAAGACAUCUUAUUUCAAAAUAAUCUUUUAUGAUUACAAGCUAAUGCGCAAAGUUCUACCAAUGUCUAAAUGUAACUUGGUCUUAUAUACACCACUAUAAUUACAAAGCAAGCUCAGGGAAAAAUUACAGACAUUUGUAAUUAAGGACCAUCUAUAAAAGGCAACCAAAGAAAGGGUGAGGUCUGUGACGAAAGAACGGUAGGCCACAAGGACAUCAAGGCUGGAAACAGGACAUCAGGAAUCUCACCAAGAAAAACAGCUGCUUCGGGGAGGGGGGGACACCAAAAAAAAACAAACCAUGGAUCCUCGUGGAGAACACUACCUCAACAAAGAAGCUGUCUUGUCACCUUUAGGUGCAGCAAGAAUGUGCCAGCUGCUACUUGGGUGCACCAUAAUGGCCCUUGUGUCCCACAGUGCAGGCUACAGUGCUACCUAUGGAACCUUCUGCAUGUUUGUGUGGUGCUUCUGCUUUGCUGUCACGCUAGUUGUGUUCACCUUGGACAUUACGCGACUACACACAUGCAUGCCCAUAUCGUGGGACAACUUCACUGUGGCCUUUGCUAUGCUGGCAACACUCAUGUACAUCACUGCCUCUGUGGUCUACCCGGUUUACUUCCUUCAGUCAGAGUGCCCCGAUGAGGGUUGUGAAGUCCAAAUGUACCGAAUUGCUGUCACUGUCUGCUCCAGUGUCUGCUGCUUCCCCUACGGUGCUGAGGUGUUCCUGACUCGGGCCAAGCCAGGUGCUGUGGUGGGUUACAUGGCCACGGUGUCCGGCCUACUCAAGGUGGUCCAGGGUUUUGUGGCCUGCAUAAUUUUCGGGGCCCUGGCCAAUGACAGCGAGUACAACCUCUACAUUGCCACCCAGUACUGUGUGGUGGUGUACAGCCUGUGCUUCUCUGUCACUGUAAUCGUGGUCAUAAUGACAGUUUCUGGGAGGACCUCGGCCCUGCGGUUCCCCUUUGACCGAUUUGUGGUUGUCUACACCUUCUUUGCUGUCAUCCUCUAUCUCAGUGCAGCACUGAUCUGGCCCAUCUUCAGCUUUGACAAGAAGUAUGGCACCACUACACGUCCUGAGGACUGCCCACGUGGAGAAUGUCCCUGGGACAGCAAGCUGGUGGUGGCAGUGUUCACCAAUGUCAACCUGAUCCUAUAUUUUGUUGAUCUAGUUUACUCCCAGAGGAUUCGCUUUGUCUCCAGCUCUGCUGUCUAAUAAAACUCUCCCUCUUCAGAGACAAAUAAAGAAAAUUUGAGGCCACAUCCACAUUGCUCUCCAUGGCCCUGUCUCAGUGAGGGGCUUAUUACCUUGGAUUCAUAGAUUCAUGAUGUUGUAUGCAUGUGUGAUAUUUUUUAUGAUCAGCAUUUUUCUGUAAUAGUGGGCAGCAAAACUGACAGUGUUACCCCAUGUUACAAACAUAAAGGCCUUUCUCCAGUUCUGCAGUCACCCCCCGGGGAGAGCCUGCCAGGUGCACAGAAGUGCAGAUUCUGCAUUUCUGUCCACAGAGGACCCUGGGAAACACCAAAUGCAUCCCUCUGCCAAAUUCCUGUGGUGGUUGCACACAUGAUGGAGUUAUGGGAGUAUGGAUUAAGGUUUCGAGAGCAAUUUAUUUAAGUAUUAAGUAUUUAAGUAUUAAUGUAUGUAUUAAAAAGUAUUAAACGCUAAACAGAUGAAAAUAUCUCAUAGAGAUGUAUGGCAUACAUUAAGUCGACAGUAUGCACUGAACAUAGUGUUUGUUUAUGGCUUUCAAGCCAUUUUGCUGUUUCCAGUUUGUAUUCUUGUCCUUGUCUAUGCAAUGCCAAAUGACAUUACGAUUACUUUUCCUGAUAUUCACUGAAUGUUAAAUGUGUCUGAUGAAUUUUGUG